AUGCCAUCUACGAUGAGUGUUAGUCUUCGUGACCGAGACGAUGGGUUCCUGCGUCAUUGUUCUAAAAGAGAUCCGUGGUAUUGUAUUGCAAAAAGGUCUCAAGGCUGCAAGGUUAGACGGACGCCUUGUCAGGGUCUGGGUUCCGGGCUCUGGAAAGUGAUGCCUGCACAUCGUCCUCGGCAGGGAGAUACCUGGGUCAGGGUAUAA